AUGGUGUCACUCAGAGAGAUGAAAAAACCUGAAUCUGCUUCCACCUCACACCAUGAGGUUAAACUCCCAAGAGUUCAGAUACCAAUAUUAUCAGAUGUUGAAAAAAUGCAGUAUCUCAAGAAUAAUCUUAAAGGUGAGGCCUCCAAACUAUUAAGACAUUUAGAGGUUAGUAACAACAACUAUAAGGUGUCAUGGGAUUUAUUAAACGAGAGAUAUGCCAACAAACGAAGAUUAGUAAAUUCAUAUCUCCAUGCCUUAUUAAAUCAACCAAAGGUUGAUUCAGAAUCCAGUACCCAACUAAAAAAGUUGCAUGAUACAUCAAAAGAGUGCUUAUACGGUGUGUCAAAUCUUGGAUUUGACACCUCUUCCUGGGAACCAAUAAUAUAUCAUAUAACACAAAGAUUAGAUAUUGAAUCUCUACGGCUGUAUGAGCAGUCGUUACCAAACACGAAGGAUGUUCCAUCUUUACAACAAGUAUAUGACUUUCUAACGAAUCGUUUCGAAUCGUUAGAAUCACUGGGUGACAAGAAACGAGAACAUAAAAACCAUCCAAUGCAAAUUGUUCGAAACUUCGUAACAAAAGUUGAAACCCGAUGUCGCUAUUGUAGAAAAACUGCACAUAGCAUUUAUAAAUGCAAUGAAUUUCUUGCAUUACACCCAAACCAGAAAUUAGAAGCCGUCAAACGCCAAAACCUAUGCCGCAAUUGUCUUAGCCAUACGAUGAAUGAAAACUGUCAGAGUCGCAGAACCUGCAGCAUAUGCAAAGGCCAUCAUCACACUUUAUUACACAAUGAUGCCCUUUCUCAGAAUCCAAGAAAUACAACCAUCCAAACUGCAUUGGCAGAAUAUAAUAAAGAAAUUCUUUUAGCCACUGCAAUGAUAAAGGUAACCACAUACAAAGGUAAAUUUGAAAUAUUGCGUGCACUCAUUGACACUGGAGCACAGGCAUCAUUUAUAACUGAGGAGGCAGCCCAGAUGUUAUCGGUCCCGAAAUCUAAGACUUACAUUAAAGUAUCCGGUCUUGGAGCAUCAUCAGCUGGAACAUCACUUGGAAAGGUUCAUAUCCAAGUCCAACCUCGAUUUUCAUCAACAUUCAAAAUCAAUAUUGAUGCGUAUGUUCUCCCAAAGUUAACAAAUAAACUUCCCAAUUCUUACUUCAAGUUCUCAAUGUGGAAAAAUUACUUGCUGGCUGAUCAAACCUUCAACCAGCCUGGACCAAUUGACGUCAUCAUAGGUGCCGAUGUAUAUCCCUCGAUAAUUUGCGAUAGAAUCAAAAAAUCAGAAAACGGUACAUUGGCACAAAAUACAGAACUAGGCUGGAUCAUAUCAGGGAAGAUACCACAACGCUUCUGGGAAAUAGAAGAAACUCCAUACCAAGAAGAAACAACGAAUGAAAAUGAUGACUGCGAAAAACAAUUCAAAGAAAACCAUAGACGAAAUCACGAUGGAACAUAUACAGUAAGAAUUCCAUUCAAACCAAAUAAACAAACUUUAGAUGAUUCGAAAAAGAGAGCAAUGGCUAGACUUUUACAAAUGGAAAAAAAGUUUAAAAAGAAUAAUAAAGCUGGGGAAGAAUACAGAAAAUUUAUGAGAGAGUAUUUAACACUUGGACAUAUGAAGCCGAUUGAGCAGAUUACAAAUCCUGAUGAUGAAGUAUACUAUAUGCCACAUCAAGCAGUAAUAAAAGCAGACAGCACUACUACAAAGCUUCGUGUCGUUUUUGAUGCCUCAUCCAAAACAGACAAUGGAGAAAGUCUGAAUGACAACAUGCUAGUUGGACCUAGGUUACAGGCUGAUUUAGCAACCAUACUUCUACGUUGGCGGAAGUAUAAAUACGUCUUUACAGCAGACAUAGAAAAGAUGUAUAGACAAAUAAAAAUUGAUGAGAGAGACAUGAAUUAUCAGAGAAUAUUAUGGAGAUUCUCACCCGAUGAAACGAUUAAAGAAUAUGCACUAACAACAGUUACAUAUGGGACGUCGUCAGCCCCAUACCUUGCCAUUAAAGCAAUACGUCAAUUGGCAGAUGAUGAAGCGAUAAGAUUUCUAAAGGCAUCUAAGAUUGUUCACGAAGACUUCUAUAUGGACGAUGUUAUGACGGGAGCACACACUAUUGACGAAGCUAGAGCAAUUCAGAAAGAACUAGUUGAAUUAAUGCAAGCAGGUGGAUUUAACCUCAGAAAAUGGACGAGUAAUAACCAGGAACUUUUGAGAUGCAUCCCAUUGGAGCAAAGAGAGCUAGCAAUAAUUGAGCUAGUAGAAAAUGAAGAAAAGACCACUAUAAAAACCCUUGGUAUUAAUUGGAAUCCAGCAACAGACACAUUCCAUUUCAAGGUUAGCAUUAAAAAUGAUUCCACUAAAUUAACAAAAAGAAUUAUUUUAUCAAAAGCAGCUCAAAUAUUUGACCCACUGGGUUGGAUAACUCCAGUCACACUACGGGCAAAGUUAAUUAUUCAAAAACUGUGGAAGUCCAAAGUAUCCUGGGAUGACGAAGUCCCUGAAACAAUUGCAACAGAGUGGAUCAAAUACCAAAGUGAAGCUUCCGCUCUAGAACAAAUCAAAAUACCACGAUACAUAAAUUACUCAAUCCAAGUUAUCUCCAUAGAAUUACAUGGGUUUUGUGAUGCGUCAGAACAAGCAUAUGGUGCCGUAGUAUAUUCAAAAAUAACAACACGAAGUGGUGAUACAAAUAUCUGUCUUCUUACUGGAAAAUCGAAAGUAGCACCCAUCAAAUCAAAACUUACGAUACCUCGUCUAGAGCUGUGUGGAGCGGAGCUCCUUAGUAAGUUGAUGGUUCACGUGAGUAAAACUCUUGAAAUAGAAAAUUUAGACAUCUUCUACUGGACCGAUUCAAUGAUAACAUUAGGCAGAAUACAAGGGUCAAAUAGUAAACUCGAUGCAUUUGAAAGAAAUCGAAUUCAAAAAAUCCAGAGAAUAAGUAAUCAAAGUAACUGGAACUAUGUCAAAACAGGAGAUAACCCAGCAGAUUGUCAUGGUUAA